AUGUCCACUGCAGAAGAAGGAAAGCAGAUUGUCCAGUCUGUUGACGCUGGGCCACAAGUCAAUAUCCUUUACUCAGCCCCGAUCCAGACAGCAUCAACACAACAUUGUCUUUAUACCUUUGGCUCUCAUGUCACACUAAACGAGGCAAAAAGCAUGAUGUUCGUUGAUCAAAAUACAGAAACUGUACCAGUGCCCAAGAUUUAUGCCUAUUACUCUCAUUGUCCCAUAGACCGAGACAUUGGAGACUAUGGGAGUCUUUACGAUAAAUAUAUAUUCAUGAGUUACCUGAAAGGGUAUUCGGAUGGGCUUCACCAGAUUGAACACAGCAACUCCAUAGGCUCUGUUGAUCAUGGCCCUGUUGCUGAUCUGAUACUGGGAGGACCCCUCUUUUCGGAAGACGGCUUUGUUUAUGCGAUUAGCAAUGCCUAUCAAUCCAGGGCACCAAAACGUCAUAUCAAGAAUGUCUUAGCUAGUAUGCUUUCUUCCCAGCAAAGAAAUAAUAGUGUGUUCACCCACGGAGAUGUUUGUGUCCUCAAUAUCAUGGUCCACAAUGGGAACAUCAGUGGAAUCGUAGACUGGGACUUGAGUGGCUACUUUUACUGGUAUCACAGCAUAUUUGAGUCGGGUCAGAAGCUGCAUGCGAUCGUCCCGUCACACUGCGAUCACCUCCCCGUCGGCCCCUCUGAGUCGGUCUCUAAGCGCCCUGCCCGGAUAGCGCCCGUCGCUCCCCCUCCUCUGCCUCCUCUUGUGCCCUCUCGUGCCCUCUUCCAACCCAUGCUCGGCGCUACCAUCUGCUGCCUCUCCGCGAAUGACAGCCCAGAACUGCUCCCUGUCGCUGUGAUGUCUCUUGCAGCCCGCCUCCCUGGUCUCUCCACCCAGCCAAUCUGCUUCUUGCAAUCCUUCGCGCGCUCCCCCCAGUAG